AGCCGUUGGAUGGGGCUGAGCCGGGUGGGCGUACGGCAGCGCUGCGGUCGACGUGAGCGGUAACGCAGCGAUCCUGGGACUUCUGCUCCGUGCCUGUAAAAUGAAUGAAAAUAAACCUGAUAAUUCACAAAGUCUUGCUUGUGUUUUCUGCCGAAAAAAUGAUGACUGUCCCAAUAAAUACGGAGAAAAGAAAACGUGUGAAAAAUGGAAUUUCAGUGUCCACUACUACUGUUUGUUAAUGUCAAGUGGAAUUUGGCAGAGGGGUGAAGAAGAAGAAGGAGUUUAUGGUUUCCUCAUAGAAGACAUCAGGAAGGAAGUCCAUAGAGCUUCCAAACUGAAGUGUACAGUGUGCAAGAAAACUGGUGCCUCAAUCGGAUGUGUUGUGCCCCAGUGUAAACGAAGUUAUCACUUGCCUUGUGGACUCCAGAAAGAAUGUAUUUUCCAGUUCACUGAGAAUUUUGCGUCAUUUUGCUGGACACAUCGACCAGUUCAAACAAUUGCAUCUACUAAAUACAGUAGCCCUUUACCAUGUACCAUCUGCUUGGAAUUUGUCGAGCCUAUUCCUACUUAUAACAUAUUACAAAGCCCCUGUUGUAAGAAUGCUUGGUUUCAUAGAGACUGUUUACAGGUUCAAGCAAUAAAUGCAGGAGUGUUUUUCUUUAGAUGUACACUAUGCAAUAAUACCGACAUCUUUCAGAAAGAGAUGUUGAGAAUGGGAAUUCAUAUUCCUGAAAAAGACGCAUCCUGGGAAUUGGAAGAAAACGCAUAUCAGGAGCUGUUGCAGAGCCACGAACGCUGUGAUGUUCGCAGAUGUCACUGCAAAAAAGGCCGCGACUACAAUGAACCUAACAGCAAAUGGGAAGUAAAGCGAUGUCAGAGCUGUGGUUCUAGUGGAACACACUUAGCCUGUUCCUCACUGCAGUCUUGGGAACAAAAUUGGGAGUGUUUGGACUGUAGAAGAAUUAGCUACGCUUCAGAUUUCCAAAAGGCCCCCAAACACCCAUUAGCCAACUCUACUAACUGCUUGUUGGAAGAGUCAUCACCCAAGCUCCCCAGACUGUCAGCUGUCGCCCAGCAUAAAGAACUACUGAGACUAAAGCAAGAAAUUCAGAUAUCAAGCACAGCGUGUCCUCCUAGAAAAAAGUGCUGUUUAACACAAAGGCAAGGCAGCAAAUUUAGGAGAGAGAUUUCAACAAUAUUGAUAGAGUUAGGAUUCCAAAUUAAAAAGAAAGCUAAGACAUUAUACAUCAACAAGGCCAAUGUGUGGAGGAGUGCCUUAGAGCAGUUCCGGAGCCAGAAGUUUAACCCUUCAUACUCCAUUGAAGUAGUGUAUGUUAAUGGCAAUGAUGAGUUUGGAAGCGAGCAUCCGGGAUCAAAGCAAGAAUUUCUGAGUCACUUAAUGCACCAUCUUGAGAAUUCAUCAGUGUUUGAAGGGUCCUUGGCAAAGAACUUAUCUCUAAAUUCUCAAGCUCUGAAAGAGAAUCUUUACUAUGAAGCUGGCAAAAUGCUUGCCAUUUCUUUAGUUCAUGGUGGCCCUUCACCUGGUUUCUUUUCUGAAACUUUGUUUAACUGCCUUGCUUAUGGGCCAGAAAAUACUCUACCAACUUUGGAUGAUAUUUCAGACCUUGAUGUGGCAGAGAUUAUAAGCAAGAUCGAUACUGCAGCUGAUUUAAACACUUUAAAGUCAGUCAUGAACGAAUACUAUAACUACCUAGAGUUUAGUGGAUGUUUAAGACUCAUGACAACAUUAAAUGAUAAAUACAUGUUGGUAAAAGACAUCCUUUUCUACCAUGUAAUUAAGAGAGUCAAAGCACCUUUUGAGAGUUUUAAACAGGGUCUGAAAACGCUUGGUGUUUUAGAGAAAAUUCAAACUUACCCAGAAGCAUUUUAUAACAUCCUCUGUCAUAAACCUGAGACUCCCUCUGCAAAAAAUCUCAGCGACCUGUUCACAGUUCACGUGUUACCCGACGUACAAACUUUGAGGUUUUGGAACAGUUACUUAGCGGCUGUAGAGGAUGGUAAAUCUGCAACAACAAUGGAAGACAUUCUUAUUUUUGCAACUGGUUGUAGUUCUGUCCCACCUACUGGAUUUAAACCCUCUCCUUCACUUGAAUGUCUACAUGUGGAUUUUCCUGUUGCAAACAAAUGCAAAAACUGUUUAACUCUACCAGUCACCAAUACAUAUGAAGAGUUCCAAGAAAAUAUGGAUUUUGCCAUAAGAGACACUAUAAGACUGGAAAAGGAGGAAAGGUCGCACUACCUCGGACAUUAAAUGUUUCUUGUAAUGAAAACAUGCUUCUUUAAAGGCUGCUAUUGAUACCUAUUUUUAUUAAUCAUCACUUUUGAACAUUCUGGCCAGCUUCUUGGUGCAACAAAAUUUAUGACUUUCUCAUAAAGGGAUAGUUUGGUUUCUCAACCACUGAAGGUUUGGUUAAGGCCUUCUCGUCAUGUUUGGUGAUAGCUUUCUAUUACUGUGCUGCCUUCAUAACUCCAAUAUGAAUAUUUUCUAUCACUGUGCUUUCUUGAUAACUUCAUAUAUUUUCGAAUGGUUGUACGAACCGUUCACCUGUACAGGAGCUCAGCUAUAUUAGCGUGACAUAUUAAAAAGUGUUCUCUCGAUUUUUUUAUAAAUUAGAAUUACCUUUUUAGGAUCACACUUUUUUUAGCUUUGUUCAGUUAUCAAAUUUGUUUGGUUUGGUUUGCUUUACUGUUUGUGUUUUUUUUCUCUAUAUAGUCCUGAUUGUCUUGGAACCUGGCUAUGUAGAACAAGCUGUCAAAUUUCUUUAUUUUAAGCAUUAAAUAGAAAAGUUGGCUAAGUCAUCUCAUCAAUCAGAGAUAUUUUUUAAUGUUUUUUAAUUAAGUCACCAAUACAACAAUUAAAUAUUGAGUAGUUGGAAAUAAUGUAUAAAAAAACAAAGCUUUAUAGAUAACUCUAGAACCCAUGUGUCCUUAAGCUUCAAAUCAUGGCUGAGGAGUUUUCAGAUGUGUCUAAAAAUACCUUAGAAAGUACAUAUUGUUUAUAUCAGUGUGUAGUCAGUAAUGUGUCAUAUUUGAAACCAUCUAGGUGUCUGAAGAAUCUCUGUGGACAGUCAUAUGGUUUCACUACAUAACAGUUAUUUAUUAUUAAGAUUGUUGUAUGAUUGGUAAGAUCUCACCGUAGCAUUCUAUAGUUACCUUCUUUUGCUUUCAAAAGAUACAUUGUAUAAUCAAUGAAUAAAUAAUAAUUUAAAACUACAAAUUAAAAAAAUACUCUAAUUUUGCCACAUAGAGAUAAAUAAUGUAUUUUGUAUAUUCUUUAUAAACUAUUUAUUUUUCAAUUUCUAUUAUCUUAUGACUGGGUCUUUCUAUAGACCCCAGCUGUUCUAAAUUUGCAAUCUUCCUGCUUUAGCCACUUAGGUGCUGGGGUUAUGACGUAUAUCAGUGUGCCCAGCAACGUUUAUUUUUUGAGUAUAUUAAUGGUAUCAAGAGUAACAAGAAACCAUGUAAUAAAAUCAAGAUAUGUACAGUCUCUUUUCAAGGCAUGAUGGCAUAUGCUGGUAAUCCAAGUCCCGAAUGACUAAGGCAAAAGGAUCAGGAGUGAUAGCGCAAGUUUAAAACCAUCCUGGCCUACAGGAGACCCUGCUCAGUAAAGAAAUAAAUGAGUACAUGACCCCCUUGAUGGUAAUGUCUUCACACAUUAACACAUAGUGUGUGUUAGCUGUUGGUCAUGUAUUGUUACUCCCAAGAAACACAAGAUUUAAAAGGUAUUCAGAUCCCUUAAACAACAGGAUUGAGCUGGUAUUGGUAAUGCCCUUCUUAAUGCCAAAGGAAAACUCAGUUGUUAUCAUAGUGCCGUUUUCUUGGUUACCUCAGAACCUUCCAAGUUGUGCUUAGCAGAACUAAUAAAGUUUCUCUUUAUCUUGAGCAUUUAGCAGGAAGGCAUUUCUUUAUCUUGUGUUACGUUUUGCUAGACAUUUCAAAAGUAAUUAAGUGAUCCAUCAUGAAUAGUUUUAACCUUAAACUCAAUAGACAGCUUUUAUUCCAAGUGUGUUGAUAAGUUGGGUCUUUAUGUUUUAACUUAUUUAAUUCCUACAGAGUUUUAAAGGCUGUUAAAUUCAUACAACUCCAAAAUGCUAUCUUUCAGCUUGUAGUUUGAGUUGGUUUUUUUUUUUUUUUUUCCCCUAGAAUAGUAAUUAAAGCGAACACAGCCCUCAUAGAGCAUUGGGUGGGAUUAUGGAGCAUUCGACUGGCUGGAUACAAGUGAUUUUAUUGCAUUUACUCAGUACAUAGAACAUGGCCUUGGUGGCGAGAUGGUCUAAACAUUAACAGGAUACUUACUUCUUCAAAUGAAACAUCAGAUUUCAAAAUGUCUUCUGGUUCGAACCUUUUGUUCCAUGGUCUUUAGAUCAGUCUGUAUACACUUGAGGCUUAUCAGAGAAACUGCAGCGUGACUAUGUCAUGCUUGCAAUUGUUCCUAUUCUGUUUCAUAGUAUAGUUCUCUUAUUAACAUACUUAGUUUCAAAAUUAUGAAGGAACAGUUUUAUGUUUGGUGAAGUAAGAAGCCUGAACUAGUAUGGUCUCUAUUGUCUGCAUUAAUGUUUCCCCCUAAUAUUGGAAACUUUUGGAACUUGCACAUUCAGUGUUUGUAAAGGGGUGUAUAAUGGUAAUUUUUCCCCAUGACUUUCCUUUAGCAUUCAGUCAUAAGAAAAUGGUAAGAACUAGACUCUGUUGAUACACAUGGUUACUAUUACAUAUUUGUUAUGCUUCAGAUAAUACAGUGUAAAGCAUUAAACACACACACUUAAUGAUGAAUCACUUGAAUUUAUAUUAUCUGUAAGUCAGGAAAUUUUGUAGUCCUUGAAAGAGACCCAGUUUUCAAGUUCUAUUUUAACCUCCUUCAGAUAUCAUCUACAACCCACUGUGUACCAGAUUCUAUGCUUAGAAAUCAUUUAUAAGUCGGCCUGUUUAAAAUGUAUCAAAACACACAGUGCUGGAGAUACAGCAGAGUGGUAGAAUGGUUCUCCUAGCUUGCAUGGGUUUAAUUUUAAAGUAUGACCAAAACAUUAAAAAAAAAAAAGCAUGAACACUUAACAAUAACAUUUCUAAGUAAAUGUUUUUAUGCCACUAAAUGUGAAGUUGUGAGGUGCUUCUACACUAAAUAAAUGUGUUAGGAUUACUAUUGCUGUGAUGAAAACUGACCAAAAGCACCUUGGGAAGGACAGGGUUUAUUUUGCUCACUUCAGUGUCACUUUCUCAGUGAAGGAAGUCACGGCAGGAAUCUUCAGGUGGGGGUUGAUACAAAGCAUUUGCUGCUUGCUUGCCAUGGCAUGCUUAUUUGUUUUCUUACAGAAACCAAGGCCACUGGUCCAGGGGUGGCACUGCACACAGUGGGCCAGGCCUAUCCCAUCAGUCAUUAAGAAAAUGCUUUUCAGGCUUGCCUACUUCCUGAUUUUAUGGAGACAUUUUCUCAGUUGUAGUUCUCUCUCCUUGGAUGUUUCUAGCAGUGUCCAGGAUCUAAUAAGGAUGUGAUGAUCUGUUAAUGCAGAUAUGUUUCUUUUCCUUUUUGUUAGUAUAUAAUUGUUUUAUAAAAAAUGGCCAUCAUGACAUUUGUGUACACAUAUGUUAUGAACUUUGGUCAUACUCCCUCCCCUUAUUACCUCAUACUUAUCCCCUCCCCCCAUUAUUCUGAUUUUCUCUGAUUUUAUAGCCUAGCAGGCCAGAGCCCUAAGCUAGGUCAUUUUCCUGAAUUGAGUAUUAUUAGUAUUAUUGUCUUAAACAAAUACUCCGUUUACAAGGUUAAUAGUCUUAUUAAAGUGGGUAAGAUUCAAGAUCCUUUACACUCCUCGUCUGAGUGCUCUUGGAACUCAAGAAUGAACUGUUCUGGGCUAUUUUCCUAUGAUAAAACCCUAAUGUGGUUCAGUUAUUUAAAUCAAAAAAAUCUGGAGCUAGAUAAACAGCUACAGUAAAUUCAACUCUGAAGUCAUGAUUUUUAUUCUCAUAAUACAAUAUAAAUAUUAUUGGUCUUAGCUUUGCAAGGACUUUUAUAUAGUUACUCUCUGAGGAGUAUAUUUUUGUUUAUUCUCCACAUUACACACUAUUGGGCAAAAAUACAAACAUGCACACUGUAUAAACGUUAGCAUUGUCUUAGUAUUUUAUAUUGUGCCUUAUGUAGUCUUGGAAGGAGUUUGUAAUGGAACUGAAAAAAUGGUUAAAUGACAAAUUUGUACUUAAAAGUGGGCGAAUAAGAUUAAACUCUAUAAGAAGGUGGAAAAAACAGUUUCCUUUAUAGUCCUUGUACACCAGAAUCCUUCCCCUGGGGCACAAACUGUUAAUUUUAGAUAGCCUGUUGUAACUUUAUAAAAAUAGGUAUCUUUCUAUCUGUCAAAUAGAGCUCAUGUUUGUAUUGUAAAAAUGCAAUCUUGAUUUUAAAAAAUAAAAUUAUUUGUAUAAUUUUGAAAGCCAAAUUUUCGAAAGUAUAAUUUCAUCUCAGGACCUGACUGCCUCAGAAUUAACCCCUAAUGCAAUGUCAUUAGUGGAUUCAUUGAGUUGUCACUGUAUAUACUUUUGACAUUAAUAAAAUGUAUUAAAUGGA